AUGGUGCUGGGGAAGGUGAAGAGUUUGACAAUAAGCUUUGACUGUCUCAGUAACAGCAAUAUCCCCGUGUAUUCUAGCGGGGACACAGUCUCAGGAAGGAUCAGUUUAGAAGUUACUGGGGAAAUUAGAGUGAAAGCUCUUAAAAUUCAUGCAAGAGGACAUGCAAAAGUACGUUGGAGCGAAUCUAGAAAUGCUGGAUCCAACACUGCCUAUACACAAAAUUACACUGAAGAAGUCGAGUAUUUUAACUAUAAGGACGUUCUAGUCGGGCAUGCAAGAGAUGAUGACAAUACAGAAGAAGGCCUUCACAUCAUUCAUUCAGGAAGGCAUGAAUAUGCAUUCAGCUUUGAGCUUCCACAGAUACCACUUGCUACCUCAUUCGAAGGCAGACACGGCAGUGUGCGGUAUUGGGUGAAAGCUGAAUUGCAUAGGCCUUGGCUUCUACCAGUAAAAUUAAAGAAGGAAUUUACAGUCUUUGAACAUAUAGACAUCAACACUCCUUCGUUACUGUCACCCCAAGCAGGCACAAAAGAAAAGACUCUAUGUUGUUGGCUUUGUACCUCAGGCCCAAUAUCUUUAAGUGCGAAAAUUGAAAGAAAGGGCUACACCCCAGGUGAAUCAAUUCAGAUCUUUGCAGAGAUUGAGAAUUGCUCUUCCCGUAUGGUAGUGCCAAAGGCAACCAUUUACCAAACGCAGGCAUUCUAUGCCAAAGGGAAAAUGAAGGAAGUCAGACAGCUUGUUGCCAACCUCCGUGGGGAAUCCUUGUCAUCUGGCAAAACAGAAACCUGGAAUGGCAAACAGUUGAAAAUUCCGCCUGUUUCCCCUUCAAUCCUUGACUGUAGUAUAAUCCGUGUGGAGUAUUCACUGAUGGUAUAUGUUGAUAUUCCAGGAGCUGUGGAUUUGUUCCUUAACUUACCACUGGUCAUUGGUACCAUUCCUCUACAUCCAUUUGGUAGCAGAACAUCAAGCGUAAGCAGCCAGGGUAGCAUGAGCAUGAACUGGCUUGGUCUGACUCUGCCUGAAAGACUAGAAGCACCUCCUAACUAUGCAGAAGUGGUCACAGAGGAAAACAGACAGUCUGGCCUUGCUCCUGUAGCUGCUUUUGAUGAUUUUCAGAGAGCACUGCAAGGACCAUUAUUUGCAUACAUCCAGGAGUUUCGUUUUCUGCCUCCUCCCCUAUAUUCAGAAAUUGAUCCAAACCCAGAUCAGCCCACAGAUGAGAUACCGUCUUGCCCCUCUCGUUGA